CCCACGCAGAAAAGGAGGCGCAGCACCACGAUACCCACGCAGAAAUGGGUGACCAGCAGCCCGGUGCCGACGCAGAAAAGGAGAAGGGGCGGCAGCGCGGUGCCGACGCAGAAAAGGAGAAGGGGCGGCAGCGCGGUGCCGACGCAGAAAAGGAGAAGGGGCGGCAGCGCGGUGCCGACGCAGAAAAGGAGAAGGGGCGGCAGCCCGGUGCCGACGCAGAAAAGGAGAAGGGGCGGCAGCCCGGUGCCGACGCGGAAAAGGAGGCGCUGCAGCAGCAGCCCGCUGCCGACACAGAAAAGGAGAAGGAGCAGCAGCCCGGUGCCGACGUGGAAAAGGAGGCGCUGCAGCAGCAGCCCGCUGCCGACGCGAUAAAGGAGGCGCAGCAGCACGGUGCCGAUGCAGAAAUGCAAGACCAGCAGCCUGGUGCCGACACAGAAAAGGAGAAGGAGCAGCAGUCUCACGGUGCCGAUGUACAAAAGAAGGAGCAGCAUGGUGCCAACGCAGAAAAAGGGGAGCAGCAGCGUGGUGCUGAUGCAGAGGAGGAGGUGUACAGAACCCUCUUGCGUCACAGGCAUGCAGGUACAAAUUUGGAAGUCAAAAGGCACCUGACGAAAGACACAGUAUAUCCAUCCAACACAAUGUCUAGGAUGGAGGAAAUGAGUCGAUUAUCGACAUGUAAACCUGGCCCUGAAAAUGAAAGCUGUAAGAAUUAUACAAAAGUUGCAACAGUUUUCUUGGUGAUAAUAGCCUUUACCUGGUAUUUCCUUCGUGGGUCCAAUCAAACUGUUGACUCCAGUACCACUGUGCUGAAGCGUUUUCAGAACGAGUUUGAAAGCCUCAUGACUGAUUUUCCUGGACAGAAUCGGCACUUGUGGUUGAGAAGCCAAAAAAUGCUACAGAGGCAUCUGAACAAGUCCCAUCCCAUGGAACCUGCCACUCUCAUCCUCGCCGCAGCCCGGGACGGAGAGCAUACCUUGCGGUGCUUAAGUGGGCGUUUGGCCAGGGCAUAUUCUGUUUCUCUGAAUGCCACUUACUUGGUGAUAGAUGCAUCCACCAAAGGUAACUAUGACAGUAUGACAACUAAGCUACACUUAGAUGAGACUUUGAGUUCAGGUUUUGAAUCCACAAGCCGUGCAGCAGUUCUGCAUCGUCUGGAAAAGCUGCCCUCUGGAUCACUGCUCAUCCUUUACAAAUACUGUGAUCAUGAAAAUGCUGCCUUCAAGAAUGUGGCCCUGGUGCUCACCAUAUUAUUGGAAGAGCCAACCUUAGAGGUAGGCUUAUCGCUCAGAGAGAUAGAAGAGAAGGUAAAAGAUUUUCUGUGGGAACGUUUUACUAAACCAAACAGUGUGAGCUCCCACAGUGAAAUGGAUGUGGACAAACUAAGUGGGGUAUGGAGCCGGAUUUCACACUUGGUCCUCCCUGUGCUACCUGUGGAUCCACUAGAAUCAAGCAUUUGUCCCUUGGAACCGGAAUGACCUUUGGAAUCUGGUAUUGCAAACCAGUCUAUUGUGCACUUGUCUCAGCCGUGGGGUCCUUGCAAGUGGCCCAUUUUAAACAAACUUUUUUUUUAAACUUUUUAAAUUUUCUUAGAAAUUGCCUUCCUCCUUUUAAUUAUCUCAACCUCUUUGAAUCAAUGUUGUCAUUCCCAGCAAUGACUAACCAGAAAUGUGUGCUUAACGUGCUGGUGGAAACACAACAAAACGUUUGCACUUUGGCUUAAAACCAGACA